AUGGUAUCUCACCCAGACGCUCCCGCCUCCGUCGCCUCCUCCUCACGCGUCUCGCACUCUCAGCGCCGUCACCAUAGCCAUUCUUACUCCCACCACAAUCAUUCCCGCUCCGGUCGCCUCCACCAUGGAGGUUCCACUCACCAACCUCUCAACCAAUUCCCCAUUUUCGCUGCAACGGGAGACGUCGAGAUCGUCAUCCGCACGAGUGAAGAGUGGUCGCGGUCCCAGGCGUUGAGGGAGGCGCAGAUGUUGGAGGGGGUUGGAAAUGCUGCCAAUACUGCUGCUAUUACGAAUGGGAUUGAGAAUGGGAAUUCUACUACGGAACACGGGCUAGCGAUUAUUACUGAUGAGGAUGCUGCCGGGGCAGGGGCCGGGGAAGAACUUGUUGCACAUCACCGUCGUGCAUCGUCGGCUCGUACAAAGACUCGGUGGAGGUAUGAAUUGGAUUGGGUCAACAGGGAGGAAGAUGAGAUGCCGAUUCUUGUGCAGAAGCCCGCAUCCCAAAACAACUCCAUAUUCGGCGGAAGCUAUCGCCCACCCAAGCCCCCGCCCGCCCGUACGAAACCUCCCCCUCCCCAACAGGGCUUCUUCCGUUCCAUCACAAGCCUCACCGGAAUCCAAUCCGCUCUCCACCUUCCAAGCACUGCCACAUCAACUGCGGCAACAAAACCUGCCAUCGAAGACGGCCCCCUUGACCCAACCAUCCGAGACUAUGACAACCUUUUCCGCAUUUUCUAUAACUACCCCCCACAACUCAACGCCAUAAACAUCGCUUCCGCCUACUCAGAAUGUAAAUCUCUUCUAAACCUCGCAGACAUGUAUGACGCGCUCCCUGUUGUCGGACCCCGUGUCGACCAUCACCUCCUGCGCUUUUCAUCCCGUCUCUAUAAACAAAUCGCAAAGUACCCCCCCAGCUACCUACGACUAGGUUACCUGGCACGAAGCCACGUAAUAUUCGCAGAGGCCCUAAUCCACGUUGUGGGCCAAUGGCCCGCAGCGCUACCGCAUUUGGGCCAGGGGUCAUACUCACCCCUACCCGAUCCCGUGCUAGAUCUCAUCGAGGAUAAGGUCGAGGACAUGGAGGAGUUGAAAGCGCGCGUUGAGGGGAAGUUGUUCCGAUUAUCGCUGACGACGUCCAGAGGAGAGCGGCGUCGAGUUCCAAUAAUAACAGCAAUUCUACACAGACAACUACAACCACCACCACCACCACCACCACCCACCAUGACCAUGGCCAGCGCGGGCGCUGCUAAUAAUAAACACUAUAACCAAAUCUCAAACCCUUCCCCUUACUCUCCCGGCCGUACAUACCGCCUCAUCGGCUCCCCUUCAAACCAAGCCUACCUCCCGCACGACGAAUUAAAGAGAUUUCUCAAGCAGUCACAUACACACUCGCAUGACUCCCUUUACUCGCGCGAGAAUCUGAAGAGGUUCGAGCGCAAGAUGGACGAGAUUAAGCGGUUGGCGAGGGAAAUUGUGAAGCCUCUCAUGCGGCAUUUUCUGGAGUUGGACUUGAGGAGUUUGAGCGGCAGCGGUGGCGGUGGCUUGAGUGCCGGAACAGACGAUGCUGGAGGAGGCGUGUUGUUGCCGUAUCUGACAUGUACUAGAGUUGAGGAGGGGGACUAUCCGUGGGACUGA